AUGGCAACUACGGGUUGGGAGAAAACGGGUCACGGACACCAUAGGGAAGUGAUUCGGAUAGAACGUGAAUCGGUUAUUCCAGUUUUGAAGCCUCACCUAAUCAUGACUUUGGCCAGCCUUAUUAAACAUAGUGCUGACCGACUUGAAUUUUUGAAGCUCUGCAAGAGAAUAGAGUACACAAUCCGAGCUUGGUACCUUCUACAGUUUGAGGACAUGAUGCAAAUCUAUUCUCUCUUUGAUCCUGUAUCCGGGGCCGAGAAGUUGGAACGGCAGAAGUUACCCAGUGAAGAAGUUGAUGUUCUUGAACAGAAUUUCUUGGUUUAUCUUUUCGAGGUGAUGAAAAAAAGCAACUUCAAGAUUGCUACUCAAGAAGAGAUUGAUAUUGCACUUUCUGGACAGUAUCUUCUAAAUCUACCUAUUACAGUUAAUGAAUCUAAGCUUGACAAGGUUCUUUUGAAAAAAUAUUUUCAAACACGUCCGCAUGAUAACCUUCCAGAUUUCCAUGAAAAGUAUAUUAUAUUUCGGCGUGGCAUUGGAAUUGAUCAAACGACUGAUUUCUUCAUCAUGGAGAAAGUGGACAUGCUAAUAGCACGGUUUUGGUCAUAUAUACUAAGAAUAACCAGGUUGGAGAAAUUCUUUUCCAGAAGGUCAAAAGGGCGCAAUAAAAAGGAGUCCAAGAAGGACGAUGGAUUUAACUUGGAAUCAGAAGAUUCUCAGGAUGAUGUAUAUGAACGGAUACGCCUUGAAAAAAUGCCAUUGAGAUUCGGUAGUUUGCUAAACAAGAACACAAUCCAAGAACCUACAUUUCAGAGGAUAAUUGUUGUCUAUAGGCCAGCUAGCUCCCAUUCGAAAAAAGAAAGAGCAAUUUUUGUGAAGCAUUUCAAACACAUUCCCAUGGCUGAUAUGGAAAUAGUUCUACCAGAAAAGAAAAAUCCUGGAUUAACUCCAAUGGAUUGGGUCAAGUUUCUUGGAUCUGCUGUAGUUGGGCUGGUUGCGGUAGCUAGUUCUCUUGACGUGGAAAAAGCUAAUUUGCGGGUCAUUGGUGCCGUUCUUUCCACAGUACUUGGAUAUUUUGUCAAGACAUACUUCACGUUCCAACAAAACUUGGUCGAAUACCAAAAUUUGAUUACACAGUCAAUGUAUGACAAACAACUGGACAGUGGAAAGGGUACACUUCUCCAUUUAUGCGAUGAUGUCAUUCAACAGGAAGUUAAAGAGGAACUCGAUAAAUGGUGCGAGGAGCUACUCAGAGAAGAGUUUGGGGAGAACUGCAAUUUUGAUGUGGAUGAUGCAGUUCAGAAAUUAGAGAAGUUAGGAAUUGUCACCAAGGAUAUCAUUAACCGAUACCAGUGCGUUGGGCUGAAACGGGCUAACGAGAUCAUAGGCACCACCACUGAAGAGCUUAUCCUUAAGGCAAGGCAGGGGGGAAGCACGUCUCCAUGA